AAGAAGCAACUUCCGUAUUACAAAGCAUUUUGGUACUUGUGUACACUUCCAAAUCAUUCUUCCACAUAACUAGCGAAUUUGUAGUUUUAGACCCACGAGCAGUUAUUUUGUGUCGUUUCCUCAAAUUAUAUCGAUAGUGUUCCACUGGUUUAUGAACAAGGCUGAAAUUAAACAAACAUCGGUAUGGCGGAGGGUGCCAGCGGUAACGCGGUGAAUCUUCCUCCCGGAGAUCCUCAGCUAAUCGGUCUCAUUGUGGAACAUCUCAAGAACCGAGGCUUGUUCGACGAGUUCCGCAGAGAUUGCCUGGCAGAUGUGGAUACAAAGCCUGCCUACCAGAAUCUGCGACAAAAAGUUGACAACUUUGUAUCCACUCAUUUGAGCACUCAAGAAUGGAACCCUUUAAUCAACAAAAAUCAAGUGCGAAAUGGGCUAAGACAAAGCGUCGUGCAGUCAGGCAUGCUGGAGUCUGGAGUGGACAGAAUCAUCACCCAGGUGGUGGAUCCCAAAUUGAACCACACUUUCAGGCCCCACAUUGAGGAUGCCAUUCAUGACUUCCUGUCUGCUGAGAAGGAGGAGGGUCCAUCCAACACUCAAUCAGAGACUGAGCAACAGGAGGCUCCAAGCCACACUGGACCCAAAACGCCAUGAGUUUGUCUUCUCUCCUUUUACAGAGAAAUGUUUUCUGCUGAAGGUAGAUAUUUUUUAGCGCUCCAUCAGGCUGGAUGGACAAGGACCUACUGUCUAGUAAUCAUGGAGCAAGAGGUUGCUCUUACUUCAUGUGGAGAAACCAAUCAUUGCUAACGGCUACCAAAUAAUGCCCAUAACAAGUCAAAGGGUAAUUGUGCAAAUGACACUGGUAUUUUAUUUUUAUUUUAUUUAACCAGUUAAGAACAAAUUCUUAUUUUCAAUGACGGCCUAGGAACAGUGGGUUAAGUGCCUGUUCAGGGGCAGAACGACAGAUUUGUACCUUGUCAGCUCGGGGGUUUGAACUUGCAACCUUCUGGUUACUAGUCCAAUGCUCUAACCACUAGGCUACCCUGCUGCCCCUCAAACUCAACUCUGGACCUCGAAGCCAGUUCCACUGCAUUUUUUCAUUGUUCCCCUCUCAGGGACUGAUUUUGACCUGAGACACCAGGUUGUGUGCAAUUCAUUAUCAGGUAGAAUAAAACCUGCAGGCAAUGGACCUCGUAGGCUAAGAGUUGAGUACCCCAGGUAUAGCACAUGGAAUUUUGUUUGUGGUUAUUGAAUUAAAGAGACUGGUAACUUUUUUUUUUUAAGAGCAGGAAGUAGCCAUUGUAAUGUUGGCUUAUAGAUUUUGUUCCUCAGUUUGACACUUAUUGGUGAAUAUUGUAAAUGCCAUUCACCAAUAAAUGAAUGAUUUGGUUGAAAUGUG